CUUUUGGUCAUUCAAUCAACUGAAUGGUGACUUGUUCUGACUCCUCAAGAUGCAGGAUUAAUUGUUCCAUUCCCUUUAAAACAGGCUUGGAAGAGAUAGAAUUCUUGCAGCUUAUGUUCAGAGAAGACUUCAUCUGUGACAGUUACUUGAGUAAAAGUCUGCACGGAAGGAUUACUACAGAAGAGUUACAUUUUGGGGAAGGGGUGCAUCGAAAAGCUUUCCGAAGCAAAGUGCUGCAAGGCUUGGUGCCUCCACUCAGCCCAGGUCACCCCUGUGUUUUGAAAGUGCACAAUGCCAUUGUGUAUGGGACCAAGAAUAAUGAUGAACUUGUGAAAAAGAAUUACAAAUUGGCACUAGAGGAAUGUUAUGUUCAGAACACAGCAAGAGAGUAUGCCAAGAUAUAUGCUGCUGAAACACAACCUCUAGAAGGCUUUGGAGAAGUACCUGAAAUCAUUCCUAUUUUCCUUAUUCAUCGGCCCAAGAAUAAUAUUCCUUAUGCAACAGUGGAAGAAGAACUAAUUGGAGAAUUUGUGAAAUACUCUGUUAGGGAUGGGAAAGAAAUAAAUUUUAUGCGAAGAGACUCGGAAGCUGGCCAGAAAUGUUGCACAUUUCAGCAUUGGGUAUAUGAAAAAACCAGUGGCAGCUUGCUUGUAACGGAUAUGCAAGGUGUAGGAAUGAAACUAACUGAUGUUGGCAUAGCAACACUGGCGAAAGGGUACAAAGGCUUCAAAGGCAAUUGCUCCAUCUCAUUUAUUGAUCAAUUCAAGGUUCUCCAUCAGUGCAACAAAUAUUGUGAGAUGUUGGGACUGAAACCCCUUCAAAGCAGUGGUCUGAAACAGAAGAAGCCUGCAGUCUCCAGAAUCAAGGCACAAUCAAAUUCAAGUAUUGCAAAGAAAAUGUUGGUCAGUGCGCAGGCUACCAAGAAAACAUAGGAUCAUCAUUUUUUCCUGAAAGAAAUAUUUAUAACUUUUAUCUUUGCAGCAGGACAUCUUUGGAAAUGUAUAUUGAUUUUGUUGUGGUUUUUUCUGGAUUGCAAUGUGCCAGCAAUGACCCUUCCUCCAAGCAACCUUUGUAGCUCUAAUCAAGCAUAUGUGUGGAUUGCAUAAAUAGACCAGAGAAGGCUUACACCACCUCUCCUUUGGUGGUGGUGCCAAACUUGGGGAAAUUUGAAUUUAAUGGAUCCCUUCCAUGUAAGUCAGCUGCUACAAACCCACAGAAAUAUAUGUAGGGUGUUUCAAAACACUUGUGAUGAAUAUAUUCCACGUUUUUCUUCUUGCUGCAUCUUCACUCCAAAAACAGCUACUCCUUCUUCUAGGUGUUUCUGAAUGUUUGCCUCAUGGAUUAACAUUUAAAAAAUGGCAGAAACAACAUAUAGAAGAGAAAUACAACUCUGGAGUUUACAUGCAUUUUGUUUUAUUUUGCACUAUUUGGAAUUGAGAGCUAUGUCAAAUAUAUGAUAAUUGUAUUUGUGAAACACAGAGUGGUAAUCUUCAGGUGAUCUGAGAGCUGCGUGGAACUUUUGACCACCAUAAUGUUAUUUCAUAGAAUCCUAGAGUUGGCAGUGCCUCAGUUGGCAGCUAGUUUGACCCUCUGCUCAGUGCAGAAUCUGUCAUUUGUAACCUCAUAUCCCUCACUUUACCUGAUAUAAGUCCUGGGGCCUGCAGAUACUGCCACUAACUUUAGUGUAGCAUAGUAAGUCUUAGUAGAUCCAGACACUCAGUGGUUCCUGUCUCAUUGCUGGCAAGUAUGUACUGUAAAUGAGGAAAAGAGGAGAGGAACAACAGGUGUAGAAACAGCUGUACAGAAGAAGGUAUGUUUGCAUAUAGUACGUGAUACAGAAUUUGCAAUAUGACUGAGAUGUGAUAACUAGAAAUCCCAUUAGAUCCGAUGGAAGUUCCAUUCAGUCUGGUAUCCUGUUUUGUACCAUGAACCAGAAGCUUCUAAGAAGUUGACAAGCAGCAUAUGAAAACAACAUCCUCCCUGCCUUGCUAAACAUGCUGUUAAACAUGGAGUUUCCAUCAAUAUAUUUCAGGAAGAGAAGGAGAUUCCCAGUUCAAAGCAAAUUGUAUGUCAUUAUGCUGACAUAUGUCAGUGUAGAAAUCUGGCAUCAUGUUGUCUCUCUUCAGUUUGUAACACAUUGAUCUCAAAAGAAACUAAAUCAUUUUAUUAUACCUGUUAGAUCUAUCUUAGAUCUCCGUCAUCUCUGGUUUUCUUUCCUAAUGGUUUAUGCAGUAAUACUUCCUACUGUUACUCAUGUUCCUAAUUAAAUUCUUUCCCCCCAAUUAAUUACAAUGAUUUCACUUUACAUGAUGCAAGACUGUACCAGUCUUUUCUGUUUCCUGUAAUGGCCUUUAAUUCAUUGUCAGUCAUUUUGAUAUUUAAAGCAGUUGCUCCUGGUAAAGGAAAUGUUA